UCAGUCACUCGGGAGUUGUGCAGUCGCUCGUUGGUCACCUUUUGCUGGUCUUUUGUCCGCCCUUUUUAAAGUGUUUUUUAUUUCAAUUUUUAAUACACAUUUUGUACCAACAAAUUAUAAAAAAAACUAUCAAGUACUACGUCUUGAAAGUUUCGGCAAUAAAGUAGACUUAAUUAAAAAUAUAUAAAACUAAGUUGUGGCUUAAAAAAGUGCAAGUGGAAAAGUAGAAACCGGCAUCAGCAGCAGCAUGGCCCAAGACACAGAGACGGGGGUUAAGGAUCAACAUACGCAGCACGAUCAUAUCGAAGAAGAUGAAGUCAGCGAACUGCAGCGGCCUCCCAGCUUCUACCAGAAGGUGCGUGAGCAGGCCGAGCGUUUUGCCAGCACACGUCUUGGCCAGUAUGCCAUUGAGCGAACCGAUCGUGUGCUCAAGUUGCUCGAGGACACCACCAAGUGGAGUCUGCCACUGGAGAAAAACUCGAAUGCGGCGUUGCUGGAGCGUCCGUUGCCCUGGGUGCCCUUCUUGCUGCUCAUCGUUGUGCUGCGCUUGACGCGCAUCUGGCUAUCGGUGGGAGCACUGAUGAUUGGCAAUGGACCGGUGUCGCCUUCGGAUAUGAUUUACUUCAUACAGACGCGUCGCCGCAAGCUGCGUGCCAUACGCGUUCAUGGGUUGAAGGUGAUGCGACAUCGCCAGCAGGAAGCAUCCAGCUUGUCGGGCAAGAGCUUUACCCAGCAACUUAGUCAAUGGCUCUCUCGUGCCAUCUGUCGUCCAGGUGUGCAGCGGGAAAAUAGUGGACGCUCUUUCGUUAUACAGAAGCACGAACCACAGCAGAAUCAGAGCGUAGCCAAGCGUCCACGGGAAGAGGAGGAAACUGCAGUGCAGAAUCUGACAAUCGAUGAAAUGCUCAACAAGUAUGCGAAUGAGAACUCCGAAGAUGACUCGGACUUUGUGCCCCAGGCAGAGGACGAGAGCGCAACCAGUUCCAGCGAGAGCGAUUCCCACAGCAGCGAUGAGAUCAGCAGCAACGAGGAACAAGAGAUCGCCGAGGAGCAUAAAUCGAACGGAUUGCCACCCAGCAAAAAGGAGGAGGAGAAGGAGUCGGAGGAAGCACAAGCGAAGACAACGAUGAGCAACGGCAGCAAUGACAAGGAACAGACGGAAGUUGCAACUGAGCGGCAGGCCACAUUGAAGGAGGAUGAAUGGAAGUCGUCGCCGGGCCAUAUGAGUGCCGCUUUGAUGAAGACUGCUCUGUAUAAUAACACGGCUGCUGCAGGUUCUCCCAACUACUUUUGUACCGUCAAAACGGCUGCCGCUUUUUCCACGCCAAACUCUGAGCUGGACGAUGAUCACACAGUUCAAUCCGAUCUAGAAGAACAAGUCAGACAGAAUAUCUCGCUAGCUUAUGAGGAGCAGUUUGGCAAUACACCUCCUGGUCAAACCCACAAGCAGCCACAGCAGCAGCAACAGCAAAAACAACAGCAGCAACGGCAAUACAAUUCCCAUCACCGUUACCGCGGGCGUAACCGACGCUAGGGCACCGCGUCUUUUUCUAUAUAUACAUAAUAUAUUCUUUGUUUAAUACAUACUUUCGUUAUAUUCCCCAUUAUUGUUAGAAGAACUGCCAAGUAAAUGCGAGAGCUUAAUCAAUUGGCUCGAACUUGAAGCGUA